AUGGAGCUAGAAGGCAGGUUAUCUGUGCCCAAGAUGGAACAUUGUGACAGGGUCAGGUUAGCAUAUCAUGCAGUAUUUUUCAGGAAAAUGACAAAACUAAUAUUGAGUGAAACAGCAAAAGUAAGUUAUUCCAGUUUACUAAAUGAUUUUGUUGAAUCUAAUUUUGUGAUUGGUGGAGACUCCUUGCUUGUCACAUGCUUACAUGAGAAGUCAUUCAAGUUUGGACAAGACCUGUCCUUCUUCUACCUGAUUGAAUGCUACCUCAUAAAUCUAAUUAGUUACGGAAGACAGUUUGCCAUUGUUUUAUUCAAGGUAACAUGCAACAGUGGGGUUCUUUUCUGUGAUUUGAGAACUGAAACCUACAGUGACAUUGUUUUGUAAGUAGUCUAUUUUUUCUUUUUUCAAAGAGAAAUAGACCAAUGAAAAUUUAGAAAAUUUAGAAGGGAUAGCAGAAAAAGUUAUUACCCAUAA